UCGUGGCGGCGGCCGUAAAGCGCGGCGGUCGAACGGCCGGUUCCGGCUGAAUGUCAGUGCGGAGCUGUGGGCCGGGGAGGAAGGUGGUUGGCGGUCCCUCUACCACCUCCGCCGCUGCCUCCUCCGCUUGUGCUGCCACUGCGGGCGCCCGGCCGCUCGGCCGCUCGGGCAUGAGACCGUGAGGCGGGCAACAGGUCGGGGCCGCCGACAUGUUUGGCCGCUCGCGGAGCUGGGUGGGCGGGGGCCAUGGCAAGUCUUCCCGCAACAUCCACUCCUUGGACCACCUCAAGUAUCUGUAUCAUGUCUUGACCAAAAACACCACAGUCACAGAACACAAUCGGAACCUACUAGUGGAGACCAUCCGUUCCAUCACUGAGAUCCUGAUCUGGGGAGAUCAAAAUGACAGCUCUGUAUUUGACUUCUUCCUGGAGAAGAACAUGUUUGUUUUCUUCCUGAACAUCCUGCGGCAGAAGUCAGGCCGCUAUGUGUGCGUUCAGCUGCUGCAGACCCUGAACAUCCUCUUCGAGAAUAUCAGUCACGAGACCUCCCUGUAUUAUUUGCUCUCUAAUAACUAUGUAAAUUCUAUCAUUGUCCAUAAGUUUGAUUUUUCUGAUGAAGAGAUUAUGGCAUAUUAUAUAUCAUUCCUGAAAACACUUUCGUUAAAACUCAACAACCACACCGUCCAUUUCUUUUACAAUGAGCACACCAAUGACUUUGCCCUGUACACAGAAGCCAUCAAGUUUUUCAAUCAUCCUGAAAGCAUGGUUAGAAUUGCUGUAAGAACCAUAACUUUGAAUGUCUACAAAGUGUCAUUGGAUAACCAGGCCAUGCUGCAUUAUAUCCGAGAUAAAACUGCUGUUCCUUACUUCUCCAAUUUGGUCUGGUUCAUUGGGAGCCACGUGAUUGAACUUGAUAACUGUGUGCAGACCGAUGAGGAACACCGGAACCGGGGGAAGCUGAGUGACCUGGUGGCCGAGCACCUGGACCACCUGCACUAUCUCAACGACAUCCUGAUCAUCAACUGCGAGUUCCUCAAUGACGUGCUCACGGACCAUCUGCUGAACAGGCUCUUCCUGCCCCUCUACGUGUACUCGCUGGAGAACCAGGACACGGGAGGAGAACGCCCGAAGAUCAGCCUGCCGGUUUCUCUCUAUCUCCUGUCGCAGGUCUUCCUAAUUAUACAUCACGCACCCUUGGUGAACUCUUUAGCUGACGUCAUUCUGAAUGGUGAUCUGUCUGAGAUGUACGCUAAGACCGAACAGGAUGUUCAGAGAAGUGCCAAGCCCAGCAUUCGGUGCUUCAUUAAGCCCACCGAGACGCUUGAGCGCUCCCUUGAGAUGAACAAACACAAGGGCAAGAGGCGGGUGCAGAAGAGACCCAACUACAAAAACGUUGGGGAGGAAGACGAGGAGGAGAAGGGGCCCGCCGAGGAUGCCCAGGAAGACGCUGAGAAGACUAAAGGUACUGAGGGUGGUUCAAAAGGCAUCAGGACGAGUGGGGAGAGUGAAGAGAUAGAGAUGGUGAUCAUGGAGCGUGGCAAGCUCCCGGAGCUGGCGGCCAGCACCUCUGUGCAGGAACAAAACACCACGGACGAGGAAAAGAGCGCCGCCGCUACGGGCUUGGAGAGCGCGCAGUGGAGCAGACCCUUCCUAGAUAUGGUGUACCACGCCCUGGACAGCCCGGAUGAUGACUACCAUGCCCUCUUUGUUCUCUGCCUCCUCUACGCCAUGUCUCAUAACAAAGGCAUGGAUCCUGAAAAACUCGAGCAAAUCCAGCUCCCGGUGCCCGGUGCGGCAGAGAAGACCACCUACAACCAUCUCCUGGCCGAGAGACUCAUCAGGAUCAUGAACAACGCGGCCCAGCCAGAUGGGAAGAUCCGAUUGGCGACUCUGGAGCUGAGCUGCCUGCUCUUAAAGCAGCAAGUGGUGACCAGCACGGGCUGCAUCAUAAAGGACGUGCACCUGGCCUGCCUAGAGGGUGCCCGAGAAGAAAGCGUUCACCUAGUUCGGCAUUUUUAUAAGGGAGAAGAAAUUUUCUUGGACAUGUUUGAAGAUGAGUACAGGAGCAUGACAAUGAAGCCCAUGAACGUGGAGUAUCUCAUGAUGGACGCCUCCAUCCUCCUGCCCCCCACGGGCACGCCACUGACUGGCAUCGACUUUGUGAAGCGGCUGCCGUGUGGCGACGUGGAGAAGACCCGGCGGGCCAUUCGGGUGUUCUUCAUGCUCCGCUCCCUGUCGCUGCAGCUGCGAGGGGAGCCCGAGACCCAGUUGCCCCUGACGCGGGAGGAAGACCUGAUCAAAACGGAUGACGUGCUGGAUCUGAACAACAGCGACCUGAUUGCGUGCACAGUGAUCACCAAGGACGGCGGCAUGGUCCAACGAUUCCUGGCGGUCGACAUUUACCAGAUGAGCCUGGUGGAACCCGACGUGUCUAGGCUCGGCUGGGGAGUGGUCAAGUUCGCCGGCCUCCUGCAGGACAUGCAGGUGACGGGCGUGGAGGAUGACAGCCGCGCCUUGAACAUCACCAUCCACAAGCCUGCGUCCAGCCCCCACUCCAAGCCCUUCCCGAUCCUCCAGGCCACCUUCGUGUUCUCGGACCACAUCCGCUGCAUCAUCGCUAAGCAGCGCCUGGCCAAGGGCCGCAUCCAGGCAAGGCGCAUGAAGAUGCAGAGGAUAGCCGCCCUCCUGGACCUCCCGAUCCAGCCGACGACCGAAGUCCUGGGGUUUAGACUUGGCUCCUCCUCUUCCACCCAGCACCUGCCUUUCCGUUUCUACGACCAGUGCCGCCGGGGCAGCAGCGACCCCACGGUGCAGCGCUCUGUGUUCGCGUCGGUGGACAAGGUGCCAGGCUUUGCCGUGGCCCAGUGCAUAAACCAGCACAGCUCGCCGUCCCUGUCCUCGGCAUCUGCCAGCGGGAGCCCCAGCGGCAGUGGGAGUGCCAGCCACUGUGACUCUGGGGGCACCAGCUCAUCGUCCACCCCUUCCGCUACCCAGAGCCCGUCAGAUGACCCCAUAACUAUGGAACAGCCUCAGCCUCAUCUUCCCAGACAGUUGGUGAUCGUCAAUGAAACGGAAGCAGAGGCCAGGCCCAGCAAGAGCCUGGCAAGGAGCGCAGACGCGGAGACAGUCAGCCUGUCCCCCAGCCUCAUCCCCACCCAGCAGCCCACCAUCUCCCUGCUCUGUGAGGACACUGCCGACACGCUGAGCGUGGAGUCGCUGACCCUCGUCCCUCCCGUCGACCCCCACAGCCUCCGCACCCUCACGGGCAUCCCCGCGCCGCCCGCACCCGCCGCGGUGGGCACAGCGACACCCGGCGAGGAGGCCGCACCCCCGGAGGCAGCGGGCCCCGCCGAGCACUGAGUGGGCGCCGAGCGGCCUCCCUUUGUGUGUGUGGCCCCGCUGGCAGGGACCCAGGAUAGCCGACUCAGAGACACAUCGGGAGCACCCAGGGUCCCCGUGGCCCCAGGAACCACCCCUGCCAUCUUCUCACCCUCCUUCGCUCCAUUUGAAUUCCCGUUUCACUUUACACGUCUUGGAGAGCAGGCUGGACCCGGUGGAGACACUGCAGUGAGCCCCGAUGACCAGGCGGCUGCUUCGGGGCAGAGAUCGGCCUCCUGGUCUCUGAGCCUGGUGACCCUGGGUGGCAGGACCCCUGCCCCCCCUCUCCACCAGCCAGCCGCUCCACAGUCUAGAAGCUCCCCGGCCGCCACACCCAGUGUGCCCGGAACAAAUGGACCAGUUCACACUGGGUAGAAAUUUGUAGAGAAACAAACUUCGAUAAGCAUCUCCUUUGGAUAUUUAUUUCCACUUUUGGCAGUAGACAAAAAGCAUUUAUUUAAAAAGCGUCUAUUUAA